AUGACUGUGCGCACCUUCGUCAUUCGUGUACAUGCACUUGAUGUGCCCCUUCACCUGCUCUCUACGCUUAUAUGUCCCCGCGCAAGCAGCAUGGGGACAGAGGAAGGUCUUGCUAUUGGGUUCUCCGUUCUUACUGGGUUCCCACAGAGUGAAAUGGGUACUUGUCUCUCGCAUGUUCUUUUCGUGCUAUGGGUGGUGGGUAAGGGGGAUGCCGCAUGUUUGCUUCUCUGCGGGGUGGAUGGUGUUGGUGGGUUGGACGGAGUGGGCGGGGUAGACUUAGUAAACAAGUUCUGCGUCUGUGUGACUGGUGUCGGGAAGAAUUGCCCAGAUGUCGGGAACAAGCUCGGAUCAGGCACCACCUCCAGGCUUGGGGGCCAAAAGGCAUCUGUAAAACACAGCGAGGGGCAUUUGAUUCUGUGUGGGGUGGAUGAGUUCGACAGGUUCUGUGCCUGUAUGCAUGGCAUUGGUCAGGAUAGUCCAGGCAUUGGUGUGAAUGUAGGAGUAUAUGCGGUCGUGGCAGGCAACAUUCCGGGAUUAGCCAUCGCUGGGAAAGAGGGCCAAAAAGUAUCUGGAGAAAUCAGCGAAGGGACCCUGGGACCGAUGGGUGACUAG